GCGCGGGCGCGGCCAAACCGGCGCACACGCGCGCGCUCCCCCGCGGAACUCCCGCCGGCCGCCCGGCGCUCUCCCCGAGGCGCGCCCGAGCCGCCGCGGCCGCCGCCAACAUGGCCGAGACGAGCGAGGAGGUGGCCGUGCUGGUGCAGCGGGUGGUGAAGGACAUCACCAACGCCUUCAGGAGGAAUCCGCACAUGCAAGUAGAUGAAAUUGGCCUGAUCCCAUGUCCUGAAGCUAGGUAUAACCGGAGUCCCAUAGUCCUGGUUGAAAACAAACUUGGUGUGGAGAGCUGGUGUGUCAAGUUCCUCUUACCAUAUGUCCACAACAAGCUCCUUUUGUACAGAACAAGAAAGCAAUGGCUCAACAAAGAUGAACUGAUAGAUGUCACAUGCACCCUGCUGCUUCUAAACCCAGACUUUACCACUGCAUGGAAUGUAAGAAAAGAGCUCAUCCUCUCUGGCACUUUAAAUCCAAUUAAGGACUUACAUCUGGGAAAACUGGCCUUAACUAAAUUUCCAAAGAGUCCAGAAACAUGGAUUCACAGGCGAUGGGUGCUACAACAGCUAAUUCAGGAAACUUCCUUGCCUGCCUUUGUGACGAAAGGAAACCCAGCAGCAAUUCCUGCAGAGAGGACACAGAGACUGGUCCGAGAAGAGAUGGAGGUCUGUGGUGAAGCAGCGGGGAGAUACCCGAGCAACUACAAUGCCUGGUCCCAUCGCAUCUGGGUUCUCCAGCACCUGGCGAAGCUGGACGUCAGGAUUCUUCUUGAUGAACUGUCUUCUACUAAACACUGGGCAUCCAUGCAUGUUUCAGACCACAGUGGAUUUCACUACCGCCAGUUUCUGUUAAAGUCUUUGAUUAGCCAAACUGUGAUAGAUGGCUCUGUAUUGGAGCAAAACCCUUUGAGAAGUGAGCCAGCUCUAGUUCUUCCAAAAGAUGAAGCAGCAGCUUCAACAGAGGAACCAAGGAUAAAUCUUCCCCGUCUUCUAGAAGAAGAAGUUGAAUUCAGCACUGAUCUUAUUGAUUCCUACCCAGGACAUGAAACCCUUUGGUGUCACAGGCGGCACGUUUUCUACCUUCAGCAUCACUUAAGUGGUAGGUUUCCUCACAGCGUGACCCAGUUGUCACCUGCAGACAGCCCUGGGGGGACUUUGAGUGACUUGCACCUCAUCCCAGCAGGCCCACACGUGUCUCAGGCCAUGGAGGUGGACGGGCUGAAUGACUGUAGCAAGCAAGGCUAUUCCCAGGAAACCAAACGCCUGAAGCGGACCCCAGCUCCAGACUCCCGGGGCCUGGAAAUGGAGCAUAGGUUCAUCGAUCAAGUAUUGUCCACCUGCCGGAACGUAGAGCAGGCCAGGUUUGCCAAUGCAUACAGGAAAUGGCUGGUUACGUUGAGUCAAUGAAAGAGGUGUAUUAGUCCUGCAAGGUUCCCCUUUCAGUGCAAUAUUGCUUUCCUUUCUUCCUUACAUAGUUGCAUGAACUGUUUGCUAUUAUGUGUGGUCUUCAUCUUUAGGUUAAAAGUCCAUAGUAAAUCUUUCAUUUUAUUUAUUUUGUUAAGAACUGGCAUUCCUUUGGGGAUAAAAUAACUGUGUAGUUUCUUCCUGCUAAACAGUGAGUCUUAAUUUUUUUUUUUUUUUAAGCUUUUCAUCCUUUAUAUUUCUAUACGUGAAGCUUCCUCUCAUUUUGGUUCUCCUAAGUGGUUCACAGACACAUCUACCCACCUCAGUGCAAUUGCUGCAUAGGCUAGUUUCUUUUUUUUUUUAAUUAAAAAUUCAUGUUGUUGUUCAGCUUUAGAAUAAUACAAGCUCAAAAUUACUCAUAUCUAAUUAUUGUUUUGAGAAUCAAAUGGCCAGAUAGAUGGAUUUGUGAAAAUAUAAAUCAUUUCUCUUUCUCGACUCAAGUUAUUGACGAAUGUAACCAAAGUCAGAAGUUACUGGAAUUUAUAUAAAAAACAUGCUUCCAAUGUGUGAUCCAUUUUAAAAUGGUUAUUUUAAAAGAAAAAUGAAUUUUAAGAGUUUAUGUAAUUACAGGACUGGGAAAUUAUUUUUAUCACUAGUUUUGAUAGAUUCUUUUUACCUCAAGUUUGGUAUAGGCCAAAAACACUCAAGUUAGCCCCUAUAAACAUCAUUUGUUGUUUAAACCUGGAAUGCCAUUUUUAGUUAUUACUACUUAUUUUCCUUUUAAAUUUACCAUGAAAAGUGGGGAAAAUAUGCAUGGAAAUGUAUCCAUAAAAAUCUUCCUUUUUAAAAAUUUUAAGUUCCUGAGGAUAUACUUAAACUACAGAAUGUUUAUGAAAUGAUUUUUAAAAGUUUGCUGGUAAAUGCCAGAGGAAAGAAUAGCUUUUGAAGGUUAGUUCUUCAACCUUUGUUUUAAAAAAUAAAACAACUUAAAGACUUUGAUAUUAAACUUAUCAGGGAUGAGGUACCAAAGUAGCCACCUCACAGCUGUAUCUUAUCUUUUUAAUAAUAAGGGCUGGGUUUUUCAGGUCUGUGAGGCAGGGUGGGAAAAAGGCCUGGUAAUGUUUACUUUCUUAAUAUAUUUUCCCCUUUGUAAAUGGUCUGUGUUUGUUCUUUCCUCUCCACAUACCUUUUCUUUAUUUUCCCAAUGCAUUCCAUAUUUUUUGACACUUUUACCUUUGUUUUUCUUUAAAUGUCUUAUUUUGAGGAUGUGUACUGAAGAUACUCUCCGUCCUCUUUCCAGUGAAUUUCAUACCCCAUUAAACACACACACACACCACACACCACACAGUAUUAAUAUGAACUGCCCCUCUAAAAGUUCCCCUAACGAUGGAAACUGCCUGUUGUCCUACGUGUGUGCAGAAUGUAAUAGUGGCUGAAGUAAGUAUGACCGCCAUACUUUGCUUCUUCUCCUUUUUACUUGCUAGGUCACCUGUAGGGUGAGGGGACAGACAUAGGGGAAGGCAAACGUCUCCUGUCUACUAUUAUGGGAACCCUGGGCUUGAGUGAGGUACAUUGCCUUAAGCUUAGGAGAAGCAUAAGUUCUUUUUGUGCAUCAUGAUUUUGUUGAGUAGCAAACUGUCAGGUAAGACUUAAGAACACCAGAAAAAUUGUUCAGCCCGGUUCUUGUGGACAGAAGCUGCUUUUCUCUCUUGGGGCAAAAUUAACCUUUUAUAGUUUUUGUAGUAUUUAGGUAAGAAAACAGUUGUCAUUAUGAACAUAAUUCCAUGGCCCUUUGUGUACAAAGCGUAUUUUGAAUCAAAUACCUCAAGGUCUACCUAGACCUCUAUGGAUAAAACCAUUAGUUUGUGAUUUUCAGCACCUGUAGGGGAUGGUGGGGAAACUACACAGAGAGGACAUGAGAGAGUCAGCCCAUUCCACUAAAUACAUGUUGCCAAAUCCUGGCCUCACUCAGUAUUACCUUUUUUCCACACAUCAUUCUAAGUGUCCCAGGUAAUAGGGCUUCUUAUGCUUUGAUGUGAGAGUGACAGGGCAGGAGCACAGACAAUACCCUGUGAAACAUCAGCUCAAUUUGAUCGUGCUCCACGCCUUUUUAGAGCCACCACCUUUGAUGUUAUCUGUCUUCAUGUGUGUUAAGGCCCUUAAUCCACCCCUUUAAGAAGCCAUGCAGUCCUAUAAGAUAUCUUGGUCUCUUGUCUUCCCCUAAUAAAAUUUUGAGUAGGGAGUAAAAAUACAAAUAUCUAAAGGAUAUUUACUGUUUGUGACUUUUGUGUGCUACUUUAUUUCUAAAAUUUGCAUUUUUCAAGUGUUCAUUCACAGAAAAACCUAGUAUUGCCCUGUAUGGUUGUGUUUUUUCCUAGAUGGUUGACAUCUACACUCAUUAGCUGUGGUGUGAUAAUAUCUCUUUGACUGAAUGAGUUAAUGCAGUGGAAAGGUGUGUGUAUUUUCAGGGACGUGUUAAUCUUUUUUUUUCUAUAAAUAUGUCAUUGUCAAAAAGAUAGUUUAGAUUGACACACAUUUCAUCAAACUUUCCAUUGGAAGAAUAGUAGGCCAUUGUACUGUCCUGUGGAUCAAGAAUACUACUGACAAACCAAAAGCAAUAAGAUCUGUAAAUACCUCCACCACCACCUUCUUCCCCCACCCCACCUUUUUUAAAGUAUACCUAUUUUGGUAAUAUGAUGUUCCCACAUUAUACUGUGUGCCUUGCACAUUGUGAGGACUCAUUAAAUAUUUAUCAAAUUAAUAAAUGAUUAUCUGUUUGAAGAAGGGAAAGAUUGAUCAUAAGUAAUGGACAGAAUGAGUUAUGAUUGAGAAAUUAAUGGAUUAGAACAAUGGAUUGUGAAUGAAUGAUGUAGUCUAGAUUCAUGAUACUUCCGGUGAGCUAUUACAUAAACAAUAAGUUAAUUUAGAUUUUUUUCUUCAUUUAAAUACCUUGUUUAUUAAACUCGUUAAAUACCAGCCAAGAAAUGCAGCUCUAUAAUUAUGAAUUAACUGUACUUUAAAUAUAUAUUAAAAAUUCAUAGAACAAAGCUCGUUUGCAUUAAGAACACUACUUUCGUUCAUUUAUGAUAUUAGGAGGACAGAUCUUGCCAACAGAGCCAGAAACACUGGGGCAUUUGAAGAAAUUCUUUGAUUUCAAAGACUUUUUGAUCUGUAUUUGUGCCUGGAUAGUCAUUUUAUGCUUCUCCUUUUCUACUCCCCAGCUUGAAUUGUGGACCUUUUUAGGUAUUUCUUAAACCUGUGUGAGUCAUUUUUUUUUUUAAUUUAAGGAUUAGUUACCUAUUAAUGUCCCCUUUUUCUUUACUAGGUUUUAGCAUUCUAUUACCUCUUUGGAAACCCUGGGCCCAGACUCUCAGUCAUAUCCCUUAUUCCUAUGGUACGGUUCUAAUUAAAUUAAGGACUUCAUUAUUAAUAGGAUUAAAUCCAUACAGGUUGUCACUCAAAGCCAUUUAAAUCUUCAGGUGAGGGCUUAUGUGACACAAGUUAGGAAAACAAAAGUUCCUGGACUUUUCUGUGGCAGUUUGUAGGAAAGCAUAUAUGGUGGUAGACUUUGUGUGAUUUCCACGUAUUCAGGUCAUGUCAAUACAUGCUUAUUAUAUAAUAAGCUUUUAUAUAAGAACUUUUAAUACUGUUGAGAACAAAUUAACAGUAGUAAUUUUCUGUAGCACAAGAUGGUAUCUGGCAUAGGCUAAAUAUAAUUUAGGAGUACAACUGCCUCUUGCUGUACAACAGUGUAAUCUUUUGGUCCCUCUUAAUUAUAGAAGAUACUAAAGAUUUAGUUAAAAAAGGAAGUAACAUAUAUUCUCUUUUUUUUGCAGAAAGUUUUUGUAAGCUUACAGUUAUUUUGUUACUAGAAAAUUAUAUUUUAGAACUUUAAAGUAUUUAAAAUAUUCUAGAAAAUGUGAACAACAUUAUUAACAAUGUGUGUCUUCUGAAUAAAUGUCUCAAACAGAACCGUGCAGACCCUGGUACUUGGCGCGCUGCCGCCUCCCUAUGCCUACACAUACUCUCGGUGUACUCCUGUUGAAUGGAAGUGUACAUGGAGUCACAGGAAGGCAGAGACAAAUUCAGUGGCAGGAAGGCAGUGGGCAGGAAAAAAAUCAACCCUGAAAAUUCUACUUGUCACACAAUGUCUUUUAAAAAAUAGUUAAACAUACUGUGUUAAUUUGAGUGCCUUUCUUCUUUCUAGAGGGAACAAGAUCAUAUUUAAUGUUUAGGUAGAAAACAAAGGAUGGAAGUUUUAUCAAACAGUUGAUUGUAAUUCAUUGUAUUGAUUCCAGUUGCUAGGCAUGGUCCCAUGGAGUUUGUAUCCUUUCAUGAGAUACUGAUAUGAGCAGGUAGGAUGCUUUGGUUUGUAUUUCUUAGCAUUUUUAAGCACCCUACCAAGAAGAAUUCAUUCUUUCCCUGUGGCAACUAACUUUUUGGGGGUCGGAGGCAUUGUAUUUUAGAGGAGAGCAUGUGUAUAAUUGAAGAUGAGCCUGAAGCCUGGGCAGCCCAAGGUCAAGGGCAACAGUGGCACUGUGCCCUACAAGAAAGGCCCAAUGAUUGUUCUAAAUGAAUCCUUUGCCUCACUUUAGGGACUUUUAAGAAUUCCCUCCCAAAUCCCAUUUUGGAGGAAAAGAAGUAAAUAUUGAGAUGAAACUUAAAAUGUGGCAUGUUAUAUAUUUGGGUUAUGGAGAAGGGAGGGACAGAAAGUCCCUAUUUCAGGAUAGCAAAUAACUUGUAAUUUCAUAAAAAUAUACAGCUAAAGAUUCCAAAGUGCUUUUCAGAGGACUGUUGAAUAAUAUAUUCCUAAACGGCAGCAAUAUGUCAUAGUUCAUAGUGGAGACAGGAAACCAUUGUAGUAGAUCUGGGGUGUGUGUGUGUGUGUGUGUGUGUGUGUGUGUGUGUGUGUGUGUGUGUGUGUGUGUGUGUUGCAGGGGGUGCCUCUGGCUCUCAACUUGACAUCUGCAUUCUCGUUAGGCCAUGUUAACACUUAAAACCAAACUCUUUGCUAGUGUGUGUGUGUGUGUGUGUGUGUGUGUGUGUGUGUUGCAGGGGGUGCCUCUGGCUCUCAACUUGACAUCUGCAUUCUCGUUAGGCCAUGUUAACACUUAAAACCAAACUCUUUGCUAGUGUGUGUGUGUGUGUGUGUGUGUGUGUGUGUGUGUGUGUUGCAGGGGGUGCCUCUGGCUCUCAACUUGACAUCUGCAUUCUCAUUAGGCCAUGUUAACACUUAAAACCAAACUCUUUGCUAGUGUGUGUGUGUGUGUGUGUGUGUGUGUGUGUGUGUGUGUGUGUGUGUUGCAGGGGGUGCCUCUGGCUCUCAACUUGACAUCUGCAUUCUCGUUAGGCCAUGUUAACACUUAAAACCAAACUCUUUGCUAGUGUGUGUGUGUGUGUGUGUGUGUGUGUGUGUGUGUGUGUGUUGCAGGGGGUGCCUCUGGCUCUCAACUUGACAUCUGCAUUCUCGUUAGGCCAUGUUAACACUUAAAACCAAACUCUUUGCUAAAAAAAAUAGCAGUAGCUUAGUCUGCAGAUGAAACUUUGUGCUUCCAAGAAUAUUAGCUCUUUAUAGGUUGUGCUUUUUGGAUGAUAAUAUGGUCCACAAAGCUAACCCUGACAUUUCUUUUAUUAAUCUGUUAUUCCUCAGGGUGUAGAAGGUUUAGUAAAUUCAGGACAAAAUUUUAUAUUCAGUGGCAAAAAAAAGACAAAAAUAUGCUAAAUAUAUUACUAGCUCUUAAAAUUUUAGUGUAGAUAGUAUUUUUUAUAAACCACUACCAGUGCAGUAGCUCAUAGAUGCUCUGUGACCGCCUCAUUGUUCAUCUCGCUGCUUCAAUCCCUGUAGCCCUAUUAUGAAUGUUCUCUUAACACAUGUCUUCUAUGGAAACGAUUUCUGUAAUAUAUUGUUUUCCACGUUUGGCAGAAGUUGGGGGUGCUUUAGUUGACAUCAUUCUGUUUUUGGAAAUCCUGUCCAGAAAAUUACUGUUGGUUUUCAAACUGACAACUGUUUUGCUUCUUAAAACUUCAGUUUCCCUGAAAAGAGACCCUGUACGUGUUCAGUACACUGCAUAAUGCCUUGCACCUUGCAGGGAUCCAACGGGUCAGAACCAUUAAAGGCUAGAAAGUUAAAACUAGCUUACCUCUGUCUCAUCUCAGCUUCAGGAGAAAUACACUUAUUGUGCUUAAGAUACACAAUUUGCUUCAAACAUACAAGGCAAGAUAUACAACUGCACAAAACAUCAUAAGUGAAAUUUAGAUACUUUUAAGACAUACACGUGUGCAUAUUCACAUACAUGUAUGUAUGUACAUUUAAAUGAGAUUUGGAACUUGAAUAGUGAUUUUACAGAGAAUUAUAUUUAAAGGGUUUUAAUUUUAUUUAAAGUGCUCCUAUUUAAAGGCAGUUUUAUUAAACCAGCCCCUCAAGCAAAGUUGGAAACUUCAUACAAGUGCCAUUUGCCUGAAUUAACCAGAUAUUUGUGUAAACUAUUAUUUUGUCUUUGGAUGAUUAUGAACCAUGACAUUCUGGCUUUCCUUCCAUAUCUUUAGGGAAUCAGCCUUAAUUUUAUGUAUGGCCAUCACUUUCCUCAGAGUACUAUGCAGCAUACUUCAAAUGUUAAUUUAUCUCUGUAAAGUGAUUAGUAAUAAAUCUGAGGUUUUUUCCUGUCCUAGGGAUGAACAAUUUCACACAUUCAGAUACUGACUCAUACAGCAUUCUAUUAGAAAUGCUCAUAAUAGUAUCCUCCCUCACCAUUGUCAUCUUGCGUUUGAAGCAUGUAUUUUUUUCUUAUCAGUUAAAGAGUGUAGACUGAGUGCAGUCAUAGUAGGUGCUCAAUAAAUAGUCGAUUAUUGAUCUACCAUCAAACUAAUUGUUACCUUUUCACGGAGGAGUAUAUUUUUAGAGUAAUAUAUGUUUGAAACUGAAAAAUUCUAUCAUUUGACAGGAAUUACUAAGCUUAUUUAGGCUGGAGUUAGUAACAUGCAAUAAAAAUACUGUUUGUGUAGAACAUGGUCUGAAGGUAGGAGAUGGGAAAAGUUUAAGCUGUUACCUUUUUGUGCAAGACACAUUAAUAAAUGUGAGUAAAUGUCUUAAUAGGGCUGCUGAACCCGAGGGAACUGCUGUAGACUUCUGCAAUCAGUUUCUGCAUUGGUAUACCUAGCAUUACCUGUCUUAGGUACUGUUCAUUUCUCCCCAAAUCUCGGUUGCUUUCCAGUGUUUUAAAAGUGGUAGUGGUGAAAUGUGAAGUUAUAUUCAAUUGCCUGUACUUCUUGUUUUCUCAGAGCAUCUCUAAUAUGAGGGAGAAAUUUUUAUGAAUAUUUGUUUCAGAAUCUGUUAAUUUGUGGCUUCAGAGCAUUUUUGACAGAGCUUGCCCAAUGUGAACAGAUUUAAACAGUUUAAAAGACAAACAUUCCAACCUGAGCUGGGAGGGACAGAGCGCGUAGCCCAGCAUAACUGGGUACUGCCUCCUGGCGAGGUUCUUGGUGUGUGACUGGGAUGCUGGCUGCCAGCUGGUGGCCAUUGUCGGUGUUCGGGCUGGAGGUGUGUUGUCCCUAGGAGAAGGACAAAAUGGGUUCUAGAUGAACUUGUAUUUGAGAUGGACAGAAUAAAAAAUAAUGUGGUAUAAAUAUGCCAAAUAUUUAUACACACUACUACAAAAACUAAAAAAUGGAGGAGGGGGAAGAAAAUGAUAAAAGGUCAGUGAUAUUUUUUUACAGCCUCUAAAAAAGUUAUUUUUAAAUCCAAGUCUCUUGGACAGUAAGCAGUUGCUUACUUUAUUUAACACUACGGGACUUUAAUUUACGGGAUGGUUCUCAGAUACCAUCUGUACUCUGCUAUUAGAAUUGACCAUGUGUGUGAACUUUACAUUGCUUGAAAAUUUUCCAAAAAUGGAGUAUUUAAGUUGCUGUUGAUGUUGUUUUAAGAUUUUCCUGUAGGUUGUGGUUAAAUGGACAAGUUACAUAUGUGAUCUGUGGUGCAAGGUCAGAUCCUGGGCAUUAAAGAUAAGUUUGGCUAACUUACUUUACUGAAGGUACUAACCGUCUUCCUUCUGAUUGCAUUGUUUUUCUUAAGCUAUUUUUCUCAAUGUAACAAUCUGCAUUGAAAGUUCUUUUAGCUCUCACAGUGUACUAAUUCACAUUUUUGAAGAAUUCAAUAUUUUGUGAAUUCUUUUUACACUUAAAAUGUAUACCUUGCAGAGGGAUAAAAAUAAAUUUUGCAGUAAAGUAUGUGCAGAGGGUGUUCUGGGACUUAGUUCUCCAGAGUACUUGAAGUAUGAUGCUAAAUUCGAAGGCUCAUAGGUCGACUGUAAAUUAUUUGUAUUAGCACUAUCCAAUAGAAAUAAAUGGGAGCCACAUAUGUGAUUUUUAAUUUUCUAGCAGUCGUAUUAAAAAAGAAACUGGUGGCAUUAGCUUAAAUAUUUUAAUUAACCCAAUAUAUUAAAAAUAUCAUUUUAGUAUGUAAUCAAUAUACAAAAUUAUAGAGAUAUUUUGCCUUUUUUUUCCCCCCAUGGUAAGUCUUUAAAAUUCGUUGUGUAUUUUGCACUCAACAGUGCAUGUCAGUUCUGACUAGCUACAUCUCAAGUGCUCCAAUAGCCACGUGGCUAAGUGCUACUGUAUUGGACAGUGCAGGUUCAUAGGGUACAAAGUAUGACUUUAUUUUAAAUUGGGAGAUGGUGAGGUAGGCAUGAAAUCAUGGUCUUUAAAAAUUACUUAGUAUACUUAGAAAAGUAUCUAAUAGAAUUAUCCACAUUGUCUUCAUUUUAAAUUUGCUGUAGAAUGAGCUCAAUCUGUUCCAAUUUGCCAAGCAUUAUUUAAGAAGAAAGAAAUUCCAUGCCAUGUAAGAUGCCAUGAUAUGCUCAUUAUAACAACACAUUAUUAACACAUUUUUCAGUGUGUUCACUAAAUUCUGUCCUGUUUCUUCAAAAUAAUAGCUUAAAUUGCAUGUUAAUUGUAUAUCUAUUUGUUUUUAUAUAAUUCUUAUAAUAAUGCGUAUUAACAAACAGCCCUAGGAUUCUAAUCUUCCUAUGCAUCUGUCUUCCAGUACUUACUGGUACACUUAUUAAGUUGUUACAAGUGGCAGAAAAGUAGAAUGAACCAUUGGUUUUUUUCCAUUAGAUUGUUUUUAUCAUGUGAUCAUGUACCAAGCCAGCUAUAAAUUAUUGUAUUCCUUAGACGAUGGAAAAUAGUGUUUAUGUCUUAUCUUUGCUAAAUGUUUGCAAUUUCUAAGUAAACUUUUCAUCUCCUAAGAUGAGUGUAAAGUGUGAUUUUAUUUUUGCUUGUUUUGGUGUUUUAACCUCAGCUCCAGUCUGCCAAGCAGUCCUGUUUAAUUGCUGUGAUGGUGGUAGUGGGGUGGAUGUGUGAGCUGUUGUCUCAGUGAAUUGAUUACUUACAGAUGUAGAAAGAAUUAAAAAUGUCAGUUGUGUCCAGGACAUUAAAAAAUGUCAAAAACAAAUUAAAGAAAUUGUCAUACUUGUCCUUAGAGUG